AUGACUACGACUAGUACGUCAACCACGUCGAGCACUACAGCGAGUACUACGACCACGACGACUUCUACAACUACAAGUACUGCCACUACGUCAACAACGUCGAGCGACACAACAACGAGUACUACCACGACCAGUACUACGACCACUUCUGCAAGCACAACGACUACUAGUACUACGACAACCGCACCAGUUACGACCACGACGACCACGGCCACUACCCCUAGCACAACGACUACUACGACCACGACGGGUGCUACUACGACCACAACAACAACUACCACGACAACAGGGGCUACGACGACGACGACGACGACGACGACGACGACAACAGCAUCUACCAGCACCACAACAGCUGCAACGACUACAACGACCAGUACAACUACGAAGAGCACUACCACCACGACGACAACAACACCGGGGACCACGCAGGGGGUACCCAACUAUACGUCGCUGGCAUCGACUGUAUAUGCGUCAUCUGUGUCAGCGGCUCUUGGAACCGGUACUCUCUGUGCAGGAUCGAACGUGAUGUCAACCAGUCAAGCAUCGUUCCCGAUCUACCCGGGGGCGUACAACUACCAAAAGGUGGCCCUAUCAAACAAUCCUACCACUGUCUACGAAGUGGAAUGCUACAUGAGUGCCAACCAGGGUAGCCCUAACGCGGCGACGAUAAACGGCGUGAACUCACUAGAAUACUGCAUUGAUCAAUGCACGCAGUUGGGCCAAUCGGGGUGCACGGUGGCAUACUGGUCAGUCAAGGCCCAAACAUGCCAGUUGUACCCCAACUCGGCCACGCCAGGCGGAUCUGUUGCUCCGGGCGCGGAGGGACCAAACAGCUUGAUUUUUGGCGUGCGGACGGCGCGACUUUUGACGACGGUGGCCCCGAAUGUUGUUGAUGCAACAUACCUCCUGGCCCCGGGUGCACAGUACAAUCUAGGGCUUUGUGGCGGAUCUGCUGGCAACUAUUAUUACGACAAGACGUUUAUCGGCGUGUACCACUCAGACAACACGAUCCGAGCCGGCCGGGCUGACAUCUGGUUUGUGAACUGUGGGGGCAACACAUACUACUCCUCAUCCAUUGCAAGUUCCCAGCUGAACUCGACGCAAAUGACCACCGUCAUGACCAACACCGGCUUCCAGAACCCGCCUACCACCUCGGACGACUGUGCUCGUUUGUGUGCCUAUACCAACGUCUACGCCGGCGACAAUACCGGCAAUCCACUCAACUGUCGGCUGUGGCAUUGGACCAUCGCCAACCAGUGCAUCUUGUUCAGCUCUCGCGGCAGUCAGCCCUCGCCACUCACCAAUGACAAUACCAUUCAAGCUUCUGGUAUUUAUCGCGGCAGCACAAACGCAGAAUACCCUCUCAGUCAGGUGGCGAGCUACAAGCGGUCCCUUCCGCCAGGGCUUGGUCCGCAGCGUGUCCAUGCCAGAGAUGCACUGGCUGAUGGGGGCAUUCAUGUGCCGGAUGUCAUCAUCCCGUUCUAG